CCUUCAGUGCAGACCUGGUGCCUCUUUUGUGAAGCGGCAGCUGAGGAGACUCCGGCGCUCGCCAUGGCUGAUGAGAAACCCAAGGAAGGAGUCAAGACUGAGAACAACGAUCAUAUUAAUUUGAAGGUGGCGGGACAGGAUGGUUCUGUGGUGCAGUUUAAGAUUAAGCGGCACACACCACUUAGUAAACUCAUGAGAGCGUACUGUGAGCGGCAGGACACACCUGCACAGUUGGAAAUGGAGGAUGAAGACACGAUUGAUGUGUUCCAGCAGCAGACAGGAGGUGUCUACUGAAAAGGGAACCUGCUGCUUUACUCCAGAAUUUUGUUAUAGACCAAGAAUACAUUCUCAAUUAGAAAACCGCAGUUUGGUCCCCCCACACCCUGACUACUGCAGUAUAGUUUUCUCUCUUCUUUCAUUUCCCUGUCCCCAUUUCUUUAUUGUACAUAAAGUAACUGGUGUAUGUGCACAAGCAUAUUGCUCUUUUUUACUUUUCCUUUUUUAAACUAAAUGGCCAAUGUUCUGUUUUGGUUGACAUCGGAUGGAGAUGAUCUGGGGGAAAGUCCUGGGUCUGUCAAAAUCUC